AUGGGAUUGUGCCUGGACCCCCCCUCCUUGGAUGCCGCCAUCCAGCAUGCCCUGGCGGGCCUCUAUCCCCCUUUUGAGGCCACAGCACCCACCAUCCUGGGUCAGGUGUUCCGUCUCCUGGAUUCUGACUUCCGGGGCGAUGGACUGAACUUCCUCCUGGAUUUCCUGAUCCCUGCCAAGCGCCUGUGUGAACAAGUGCGCGAAGCAGCCUGUACCCCCUACUCACACCACCUCUUCCUGCAUGAAGGCUGGCCUCUGUGCCUGCGGGAUGAGGUUGUGGUCCACCUGGCAUCCCUCAAUCCCCUCUUAUUGCGCCAAGGUGACUUCUACCUCCAAGUUGAGCCCCGGGAGGAGCAGUCCGUCUGCAUCAUGAUCAAGUGCCUCUCUGUGGACCUCCACACAGUGGACAUGAAGCCUGUUCCUGAGUCAUCCUACCCUAUACUUUUCACCCAAGCCUGGCUGGAGGCCAUCAACAGUGACCUUGAGGGCAGUCCCCUACACAACUGCCUGGUAGCUUCAGAAGACGGGAUUGCCCCUGUGCCCUGGACCAAAAUAACCAGCCCAGAGUUUGUGGAUGACAGACCCCACGCAGUAAAUGUCCUCUCCCCAGCCUGGAGAUCCCUUCAAUUAGAGGCACUGGAUUUGAACAGCCCCCAAGAGCUGCACCAGGCCAGGUCCCCAGGCAGCCAGGUGCUGCUUGCCCAGAGUUUGGCCAAGGGCAAGGGCAGGACACAUGGGGACAAGUAUCCAGGACUCAUCAAAGUGGAGCAAGCUGGGCCUGGGGAGGUGGGCUUCGGGGUGGACGAAGUGGCCAGCCAGGACUUGGAGGGAGAUUAUGUGGCUCUCCUGGACUUUUCCCAAGAGAACCAAGGAGGGUCUCCCAGUAAGGAGGUGGAGACAUCCAGUGGGUUUCCUUUUGGCGCACAGGAGGAGCUAUCUGGAACUAAGGAAAUCCCUUUCUCUCAAAGGAUACUGCCUCUCUCAGGGGCCAAUGGGGGGCCUUCCUUGGAAAAAUGGACUUGUGAGAAGCCAGCAAGUUCGGGGGAGAAACCCUGUGUUUGCGACUUGAGGAGAAAGGUUAAUCAUAAAGUUCCCACCCAAGACUCAGAACACCAGCCCCAAGAGCCCUACCUCAGCGUCCUUGUAAACCCACUGCAUGGUGCCUCUGGCCUCGGGCCAGGUGUCUCAGAAGAGUCAGCUCCCUCCAAGACACAGGGACCUCUGGGAGACUCAGAGAAUAUAGUCCAGCUCAAUCCGGGACCAAAACAAGCAACCUCUGCCCAGCUGCGCCCAGCUUCCCCUCCUGCUUCUCCAGCCCCUGCAACCAAGAUGGAAGAGAGGACCCAACAGGAAAAUGCGAGACUUCCCAAGCCUGUGGCCAGGCCCUGUCAAAACACUUCCCCCACUCCUGGGCUCAAAUUCUCUUUCUUAAAGUGGCAGAGGCAAGGCCCUGUGACUCAGGAGAAAGCCUCGUUCCAGCAUGACGGGCCCUGGAAAGUCUUGUGUUCACUCUACUCUCCCAAACCCAACCGAGGCAAGUGCUUGGGGAAAGCUGGAACAACUCAGACCAAAACAUCUGGCCCAGACGCUGACUCAGACCCACUGACCGAGGAAAAGGCUGGCUUCCCAGAAGCUUCUGAAGGCCCUGCAGAAAAAGGCCCCGCUCUGAAGGAGGAGCCCCCAGGGCCCGAGCCCAGGUUUGGGGCUCUGAGCAUGGACAUCUUCCAUUCCAGGAUAGCAUGCCUGCCAGGAGGUCGAGACAGGGCAGGGCGGCCCCUGCUUCUGGUGUCAACCACCAAGGGGCCCUGGGAGGCACCAUGGUGCACGGCCUCAGAGGUCACCAAGCUGUUCUCCUACCUGUGCACCAUCCCCAGGCCUGAAGAUAAAACCAAGGGGCUGGCGGUCGUGAUUGAUGCCAGGAAACAGCCCCCACAUCCUGGUCUGGUCAGUGCCUUGCAGGCCACCCAGACUCUGGUCCCAACCUCCAUCCGUGCUGUGCUCUUCCUGGGGGAGCAGGAGGCCGCUCUCCAGCUGGAGGCAUCUGACAUCCAGGUAGAGGUGCUGACCUCACUGAAGGCCCUCAGCCGCCACGUGGACCCCAGCCAGCUGCCCAUGGCCCUGGAAGGCCCCUUCCCCUACUGCCACGGUGAAUGGGUGCAAUUCUUCCAGAAGCUGGACCCUUUCCUUGCUGACCUCCGCCAGGCCUCCUCGCUGCUAAAGGCUUCCAUCAGGGAGUUUGAGAAGGGUGACCCCCCUGGAGGGGUGCAGGAGGCCUCCAGGUGUCUGAGCAAGUCCAAGGAGCUGAUGGAGGCUGUGCUGAGGGACCCAGGCCUGUUGGGCCUCCAGCGGGAAGGCGGAGCCACCCUGGCCAGGCUGCGACAGGAAGGCAGCAGGCUGAACUUCAACCCAGACAUCAGGAGCCAUCUGGCCGAAGCUGCUGCCCUGUACAGCCUCGUGGAUGAACAGCUGCAUGUCCUCGUCACUGUGUCCAACCACCUCCUGAGGAGGCUGGAGCUCCGCGUCCGCCUGGGCCGCCUGGAAGCUGCCAUCCACCAGGUCAGCAACUGGAUGGAGCAGGAAGGAAGCCAGUGCCUGCAAGUGCUGACCCCCAAGGACGGAAGCUUGGAGACAGUGGAGAAAGCCCACGCAGAGUUUGAGGACUUCUUCCUUCAGGCUGCGGCCCAGUACCGCCGUGGCCUGGAGCUGUGCAAGCAGGCGGCCCAGCUGGGAGCUGCAGCCAGGGCCAGGGAGGCGGGAGGAACAGAGCUCCCGGAGCUGGCAGGCUUCACCUUCACCCAGCGGGCCUUCCAGGCUAAGCUGACCCACUUCUACAUGGCAGCUGAGCGGCAACGCACAGACCUGGAGACGCUGCUCCACCUCCACCACUUCUGCAAGAAGAUGACCUGGUUCCACAUGGACUGCCAGGACCUGAUGGCCCAGCUCAGGCUGGGCAAGGCCCAAAGGGCCAGCCCUGGGGACCAGCGCCGCCUCCACCGCUACCUGCAGCGCCUGGCGUCCGAGUUCCCUGCCGAGAAGCUCACGGCCAUGCGGCUGCAGGUGGCCUCUCUGAGCUGGGAGGGCCUGGGCCAGGACCUGUGGGAGGAGGCCCAGGAGAGGCACGAGGAGAUCCAGACCCUCCUGAAGAAGGCACUGGGGCACUGUCCAUGCCUGGCAGGUCCCCCUUCCCACCCGGCGGGCCGGGAACUCAGAGGGGCGGCCGCCAAGGGCCAGGACCUGAAUGGAGAAGUCACUUACAAGGGAAGAUGGGACCUGCCCCUCCAGGACUCACUGGGUCUGGAUCGUUCGCCAAAAUCCUGUUGGCCUCCUUGGGGCCCCAGACGUGUACAGAACAGAAGUUUCCAAGCAGCCCCUCCACCCCAGGAAGCUGGCCAGGCUUUUGAAGCUGAUGACGGCAGAAGCCCGCAUGGGCCCCUGGAUCCUGCCCCUGAGCGUUAUCUCACCACCUUCCUCUCCUGGCAGCAGCUCCCCAGGCAGAGUCAGAUCCCCCGGCCCACUGGGGGCAGCUUCUCCUCGGAGGGGACAGACUCACAGACGUCUCUGGAGGACUCACCCCACACAAGUCCCCCUGCAUCCCUCUAGCUGGGAGUUCCCGUCAAUCACACCAGGCUCCGGCAGGGAUGGGUAUGGUUCGGGUGGGGCCCAGCUAAAGACAGCUGGGGAGCCCUGGACCAUCCAUCAGGACGUGGCUACUGAGUUUGGCUCGUGCUCUGUAGACAAGAACUCACACCUGCUCCCGGCCCCAGGAAGCUCUGGGAAGACGCGACUCUCACACAUUCAGAAUAGUAAGAGUGGAGGGCAGGGCAGGACGCGGAAGAGCGUGAGAUUGGCUCCAAAACCCUGGAGUCUCAUCGUGGAAAGAGCUGUUGGUACAGAUCCUUCCAGAGACCUCCGACUUAGGCAGAACCCCACCUGGGGUUCAGGGGUAUGUAAGCUUCCCCUUGGGGCACAAGGGGCAAAGUUGCCCUCAUAAUAGAGCCCAGGGUGGGGAGAUUAGGGGAGUGGCUUCUUGUCUUAGGGUCCUAGAAACAGACCACACAAGGAUUGAAGUGCGGAUUUACUUGGCGGAGGAGCGGGGGAGCGAGUCUGAGAAGGGAAUAAAGGGGGUGCUGUCAAGUGAAUUACCACAUGUAAUUUAUCCACUGGCGCCACUGGCCUCGGACAAAGAGAAUCACCUGCUGGAGGCCAGUUAGUGCGCAAGGAAGGGGUAAGGGAGGGGGACUGUCUGCUGCACCUCUACUCUGUCACUUGGCUUCUCCAACAGACAUGAGCAUCAGUCUCAAGUUCAAGGAACCCCAAAGAGGACCACCUCCCUCUCCCAUGAUCUCUGCCUUCUUCUGCUCCCCACCACAGCUCCUCAGACCCCCCCCGAAGCCCGACCCCUCUUUAGGCACAGCCUCUGGUGCCUGGCGUCAUCAGAUUCUGCUAUGGUUGGGGCUGGAGGGUAGGGAGCCUUGUCCCCAUCCAGCAGGUGGUGCGGGAGGACAGUGGGAAGAGGCUUGAGAUGCUCUGAUUUCAGAUAGAGCAUCUAGAAGACAGCCCAGAGUGACCAUGGCUAUCGCCUCCCCUGAAUGUCAUUAUCCUGAGAAUGUGCGCCCAUCUCUGCCCUAGGAUGCAUCACCAAGAUGGCCUCUGGUAGCCCAGCUCUGGAAUUUUCCUGGCUCCAGGAAGAGGGUAGGGUGUACUUCCUCCCACAAGAUGAGGCUGUGGAAGGAGAGGGAGGCAGGACUGGAGCGGGCCUGGGAGGACAAACAGGGUUUCUCAAGGGUAAUCUCAGGCUUCCCUGGUGGCGCAGUGGUUAAGCAUCCGCCUGCCAGUGCAGGGGACACGGGUUCAAGCCCUGGUCCGGGAAGAUCCCACAUGCCGUGGAGCAACUAAGCCUGUGCGCCACAACUACUGAGCCUGUGCUCUAGAGCCCAUGAGCCACAACCACUGAGCCCACGCGCCACAACUACUGAAGCCCGUGCGCCUAGAGCCCGUGCUCCGCCACAAGAGAGGCCACCGCAAUGAGAAGCCCGCGCACUGCAACAAAGAGUAGCAGCCCCCGUUCGCUGCAACUAGAGAAAGCCCGCGCGCAGCAACGAAGACCCAACGCAGCCAAAAAUAAAUAAAAUAAGUAAAUUUAAAAAAAUUAUUAAAAAAAAGAGUAAUCUCAGCAGAGAGAUCCACACAAACCUCAAUGCCCAAAAUCUUCCAGGACUCAAGAUUUCAUCAAGAGUGGUCUGGGGCCUGUCUGCCUCAGAACCACGAGCAGAGCUGAUCAAAGGCAGCGUCUUAGGGGAUCUCACCCCAGAUAGUUAAAACUAGACCCUUGGGGCAGUGGUGGCUGGAGUCUGCAUGUGUAACCAAGUGCUCAUGCAACACAGUGAGGUGGGGUGCUGUUGGGAAACCCUUGGGGCUAAGGCCUGAGCCGCCCCCAACCCCCACCCCAAGCCAGCUCUGAUUCUUGCAUUCCAGUCUCCUGCCUUCUGUCCAGACAGGCCUGAGGAUGCAGGAGGCAUUUGAUCAGUCCAGCUCCAUCCAGGCCUGUUGCCUCAGAGGGGGGCCGAAGGCUCUUAAAAUGCUGUUGCCAUAGCAACAGCAUCCAGCCAGUAGGGACCACAGGCAGGGAGCCAGGGCACCCGGGGUGCAAGGAUGAAAACUGACUUCUGAGAGACUACAGUUACGGCUAGUGCUCAGGGGGGCUGAGGAGGGGUAUGGAUAAUCCAAGAAUCCUUGGGAGGGAGGGGCCCCCAAAGCCAUCUUGUGCAUCCCUCUGUCUCCAGGAAGAGCCGAAAGCCCACAAUUUGUCUACUCACAGCAGCCCAAAGGGGAGAAGGGGAUGCAGAAAUGAAAUAUAAUAAUGAAUAAUAAUAUUACUAGCCAACAUUUAUUCUGCAUUUUCUUUGUGCCUGACUUGGUGCUAAGCCCUUUAAAAGCUUUGCGGGGCUUGUUGAAAUGUUCACAACAAUCCAAUGAAGCCAAUACUAGUUUCACCCCAUUUUACUGAGGAGGAAACUGCUUUUCAAGCUCCAGGGGUUGGUGGGCAAGAGGUGAUAGGAGGAGCAUGGCCUGGGAGUCAGGGACCUCACCUGGCACUUCUGUCCUGCUGCCAGCUGCCUGUGUGACCCUGGGCAGGUUGCUUCCCCUUUCUGGCCCUUGGUUUACCCUAUCUGUACAAUCAGGUCAUUGAAUGGAUAAGGAUCUUUCUUGUCUUUGUAAUCAGAGAACCCAGUCUUUGAAUCCAGGCUUAAUAGCCUGGUGACUCUGAGCAGAUGGCCGCCUCUCAGUUUUCCCAUCUGUCCAAUGGGUUUUGUCAAGCCUGCUAGGCCAGGAUAAUAAGAUCCUGGGAUCUCUGAGCUCCACACUAGGCCUCUUCCUCUCCAGAGGGGUGACCAUCUUGUAAAGUCUGAGAAACCCACUGGGGCAGUGGUAGGACUGAACCCAAAUUGUAGUUUAGGCACUUUACAGUUUACGGUGUAUUUUUUGUCCAUCCAUUUCUUCAUCCAAUAUUCCCUACAACCCUGAGGGCACAAAAGUUACACUGUAGGAUGUCUCCAUUUUACAGAUGAGAAGACUGAGGAGAGGGGAGGUGACUGGCCCAAGGUCACACAGCAAGGAAAGGAAGGACUAGAGAAGGUGAAACCUCAGAAUCUGGACCUAGUUCUUGUCCAUGCCUAAUCCAGGAGAGCAAAUGUCAGCCACUCUGAGGUGAGCACCCCACACCCUCAUGCCUUCAAGUUACCCACAUCAGACCCUGACAGGGUAGCAGGCAGCACAGGCUGCCCUCCUGAAACAGAGAUGUCCUGUUCUCUGCGAGCUGUGAACUGGCUUCCAGCUCAGGACAAACCCAUCAGGCCCUAAACCCCACCCACUCCCAGCUGCAAAAUAGCUGUCUGAGGCCAGAGCCAGUGGGCCUCCUGGAGAAUAAAUAAGCCCUCUGGCUGGGCGGCAGGAUCCUUGGAUCCCAUCCCCUUCAGUCUGGGGCAUGACAGGGACCUGGGUGAAUCACCGCACUUCCUCAGGCCUCAUUUUCUCCAUCUGUGAAGUGGGGGGAUUGGGCAAGACCAGGGAUGGCAAACAGGUGUCGUCUGGCCGGUGGAACUGCUGAUCUGCCCUCCGAAGCCUGCCUCCCUCUCUGUGUACUGACCAUGCAUCCAGGCACCCAGGCUGAAAACCUGCAAGAUGUCCUUGAACUUCCCCAGAGCCCCCAGAUCCACCCCCCUCAUCUCUCUCUAAUCUUCUUCUUCUUUCUCCCUCCACCUUCCCAUCCUCAUCCCAGUCUCCAUCCUCUCUCCCCCUGGACAGUUGUAACAGUAUCCUCAGUGGUCCUCCUGCAGCCACUUGGGCCCUUUUAUCCAUCCUCCACAGAGAGGCUAGAGGGACCUUUGCAAAAUGUAAAAUAAUGCCAGUCCCUGCUUAACAGAGCCCAGUGGCAUCCCAUGACUCUCCAGAUAACCCCAUCCUGCCCAUCGCUGGAAUCUACAAAGCUCUGUGGGGUCAGGCCUCUGCCCACCACUCUAGCCUCACCUUACUCCCCAGUCUCCAUGUUCUCUGAGUUCCAACAACACUGACUUCCUUUUAGUUCCUCGGCCAUUCCAAACACUUUCAAGUUCCCCUAGAAGCACGCCUGGCCACAAGGAUUCAGGUACAGGUGAUUUGCUGAAGAAGAGAUCAUGAGAGAAACCACAGGAAGGGGAAACAGGACAGAGAAGGGAAGGAAACCAAUGUACAAUUUCAGAUCAAGGCUCAGCCUCUGCCUGAUCACAUGGGGAAUGCUGGAGGGUAUUUUUACACAUCCUGAGGCACUGCAGCCCUCUGCAAAAGCCUGCCACAAAAAGCAGGGUCCAGGAACCCUAGGGCAGUGCUUGCUUG